AUGACGUCCCAAGCCAAGCAAAAAGUUGUGAUUGUCGGAGCCGGUCCGGUGGGGGCUCUCGCGGCUCUCUAUGCAGCAGCCAGAGGAGACGAUGUCGAGGUGUAUGAGCUGCGAGGAGACCUAAGAAUUCCGGGCACCGUUCCCUUGAACUUCACCAAGUCUAUUAAUCUCUCGUUGUCGCACCGCGGUAUCACGGCCAUAGAGGGGUCACACCGACCCGAUGUUAUCAGCAAGAUUCUGCAAGAGGUGGUCCCACUGUAUGGGCGUAUGAUACACGGAAGGGACAAUGGACGGCUCUGGGAAGCACCUCAAGCAUACGAUGUUCAUGGCCGGAACAACCACUCGGCAGACAGAGGGAUGUUGAACAACGUGCUUCUCAAUGAGCUGGAACGAAUGCCCAACAUCAAACUCUUCUUCAACCAUAAGCUGACCGGCGCCGACUUCCAAGCAAACAAGGCUUGGUUCGAGCGCCGAUUGCCAGGCGAAGCACCUCUCCCUGGUUCGUCAGGCCGAGUCCCCGAGAUAGAGGUCAACUUCGACUACCUGAUCGGUGCAGACGGCGCGCACUCUGCCAGUAGAUUUCACAUGAUGAAGUUUGCCCGCGUGGACUACCAGCAAGAAUAUAUCGACACUCUCUGGUGCGAAUUCCGCAUUGCCCCAUCGCCAGACAACGACUUUCUCAUCUCCCCAGACCACCUUCACAUCUGGCCCGGAAAAGAGUUCAUGUUCAUUGCCCUACCAUCAGUCGACAAGUCUUUCACCUGCACCUUGUUUGCGCCCGCCAUUCACUUUGCCCAGCUCGAGCGCUCUACAGAAGACCUCCUCGAAUUCUUCGACGUCCACUUCCCCGGCGUCAGCCCGGAACUCAUCGCACCCAAGGACCUUAUCGACCAAUUCAACACAAACCCGCACCUCCCUCUCAUCAGCAUAAAAUGCAAGCCACAUCACUACAGCUCCAGCGUGGUCAUCGUCGGCGACGCCGCGCACGCUGUCCUCCCAUUCUACGGCCAAGGCCUGAAUGCCGGCCUAGAAGACAUCCGCGUCCUCUUCGAAGCCCUCGACAAACAUGGCGUCUACAGCAACAACAACAACACCGACAAAGCCUCACUCGCCCUCGCCCGCCAACUCGCCUUUCAAGAAUACACCGACAACCGCACGGCCGACGCCCACGCCAUCAACGACCUCUCGCAUCAGAACUACGUUGAGAUGCGCUGGGGCGUCAAACAACCCCUGUACCGAUUACGCAAGUACAUCGAGGAAGCACUCUACCACUACGUGCCGAGUCUCGGUUGGCAGACGCAGUACACCCGCGUCUCCUUCAGCGACCAGCGAUACUCGGAGAUCAUCGCGGUGAACCGGAGGCAGGGCCGCAUUCUGGGCGCUGUCUUUGGUUCGACUCUUGUGUCCUCGCUGGCGAUUGCGGCUGUCUGGUUCUGGAAACAGCCUGCUCCGCGGGUCCGAAUCUCACCGGUCAGUCUGAUAAGGGAGGUAUCACACGGUAUCCUUGCGAGGCUGUCUAAUUGA